AUGUGUGGAAUCUUUGCGUACAUCAACUUUCUCAUCGAAAAGGAUCGUCAAGCCAUCUGUGACAUUCUCGUCCAAGGUCUUGCUCGUCAGGAGUACAGAGGCUACGAUUCUGCAGGCAUUGGCAUCGACGGAGACGCGCCAAACUCUGUCGUCUUCUUCAAGCACGUAGGAAAGGUUGCCGGUCUCAGAAAGCUCAUCGAAUCCUCGCCCGUCGACAAGAAGAAAGUCUUCCUCCAGCAGGUCUCGAUCGCCCACACCCGCUGGGCUACCCAUGGUCCUCCAAGCGAGAUCAAUUGCCAUCCGCUCAAGAGCGACCCAAAGGCAGAAUUCACCGUCGUCCAUAACGGUAUCGUCACAAACUCGGGCGAUCUCCGUCUCGUCCUUCAGAAACGUGGCUACAAGUUUGAGUCUGAGACAGACACCGAAUCCGUCGCUGUCCUCAGCAAGUACAUCUGGGACACUCAGCCCGAGCUCCGCAACUCGUUUACAAACCUCGUAAAGGCCGUCCUCAAGGAGCUCCAAGGUUCCUUUGCAUUCGUCUUCAAAUCCGUUCAUUUCCCCAACGAGGUCGUCACCGCCCGUCGCGGUAGCCCUCUCCUGAUCGGUGUCAAGACGGAGAAGAAGCUCAAAGUCGAUUUCGUCGAUGUCGAGUUCCACAACCCAGAGCCAGAAGGUGCAAAGGAGCUCGCCCCGUUGCUCAACCCUGGUAGCCCAACCAUCCCUGUUCCCAACUCGAACCUCCUCAGCCCUCCAAGUGCCACCCAAGGCCAAAAGCUGUUCCGCACCCAAAGUCGUGCAUUCAUGAGCGAGGACGGAACUCAACCCAUCGAAUUCUUCAUCGCUUCGGACGCUGCCGCCGUUGUCGAGCACACCAAGCGAGUCCUCUACCUCGAGGAUGACGAUAUCGCGCAUAUCGCCGAGGGUGAACUUCACAUUCACCGACUGCGUGCCAAUACCGACGGCGGCGUGAGCCCUGGUCGCGGAGCCGAGCAGCAUCGUGCGAUUGAGACGCUCGAGAUGGAGUUGGCCGAAAUCAUGAAGGGCAAGUUUGACCACUUUAUGCAAAAGGAAAUCUACGAACAACCCGAGUCUGUCGUCAACACGAUGCGAGGACGUAUCAACUUUGACAACAACAAGAUUACGCUUGGUGGCUUAAAGGCGUACCUCCCCAUCAUCCGUCGCGGUCGUCGCAUCGUCUUCAUUGCGUGUGGUACCAGUUACCACUCUUGCGUUGCCACCCGUGCCAUCUUCGAAGAACUUACAGAGAUUCCGGCCUCUGUCGAACUCGCGAGUGACUUUUUGGACCGCAAGACGCCCAUCUUCCGUGACGAUGUUUGCGUCUUCCUUAGCCAGAGUGGUGAGACGGCCGAUACCAUUCUCGCAUUGCGCUACUGCCUGGAGCGUGGAGCGCUUUGCGUCGGAGUGGUCAACGUUGUCGGUAGCACAAUCAGCCGAGAGACUCACUGUGGUAUUCACAUCAAUGCUGGUCCCGAAAUCGGUGUCGCUAGUACAAAGGCAUACACUUCGCAAUACGUCGCCCUCAUCAUGAUGGCUCUUCAACUCUCCGAGGACCGUAUCUCCUUCACUGAGCGCCGCAACGCCAUCAUCGCUGGUCUUCACGCGCUCCCGCAACAGAUUGCAAACGUUUUGAACAAUGACAAGGCCCUUCAAGAGAUGGCUCGUGCCACGCUCAAGGUAUCCCGCAGCUUGCUUAUCAUGGGUAGAGGAUACCAGAACGCGACUUGCCUCGAGGGCGCCCUCAAGAUUAAGGAAAUCUCCUACAUGCACUCGGAAGGUAUUCUCGCUGGCGAGCUCAAGCACGGACCGCUGGCGUUGAUUGAUGAGAAUAUGCCUGUCAUCAUUAUCAUGACCCGUGACUCGCUCUACCCCAAGGUCCAAAAUGCCCUCGCCCAGGUCACGGCCAGAAAAGGCGCUCCCAUCAUCAUCUGCUGCGAGGACGACCCGGCUGUCCAGAACGGCAUGUACAAGAACGAGCGUGGAGAGUACAAGGCAAUUGUCGUACCUGGAACUGUCGAUUGUCUCCAGGGUAUCCUCAACAUUAUCCCGCUCCAGCUCCUCAGCUACCACUUGGCAGUCCUCAACGGCUUUGAUGUUGAUUUCCCUAGGAACCUUGCCAAGUCUGUCACGACCGAGUAA